CAUACUGCAGGCAAACGUCAUUACCUAUCAUCAUAAAAGAGGACACUACCCCCAACCCUAUGGAUUCCUUUCCCCUUCCUUUUACUCGAUAUCUUUAAAACAAACUUAUUUUCCUCUACUCUACAUUCUGAAACGAUCUCAAUUCAUAUCACCUUCGACUUCUCAGAUUUAAUCAAUUCUAUUUCCCCCAUCCCUCAGUCUAACUUUCUCACCAUCCCCUUUCCACACUAUAUACAAUCUCUAAAGUUCAGGUCAUCUCCUACCCAAGGAUCACUAAGCCGACUGACCAACGACCGGCCGGACGCUUCCAGACUCUUCGACCAUUCAGUACGCAAUUGUUCGGGGAUAAGAGAUUCGGAUCUUGGGCCAUCAACUUUGAUUUGGGAGGCUUGGGUGCCAACCUAUUAAACUCUGGAGCCUCCCCCAGUGGCAAAUUUGCUGAAAUAGCUCUGCAUCCAUAACGCCGGCGUCAUACCUUCUGACGUCCAAUCGUUGAAAGAGAACAUGUCCAUGUACCCUUCGAUACGCAAUAAGGGUUUUAUCACUGAACCAACAUCGGCCCCGUUUAUCAACUUUCAGGAUCCCGUUUGCAUCCAAGACGACCACUUCCCCGACCUGUCGCAAGAGGCCGCCGUGCAGUACUACAACCAACAGUUGCCUAGACUGCAGUCUCCAUUCCAGUACCAUCCGGGUCCUGAAUUUUACUCUCCGCCGUCUUCCGCACCGUCGUCACCGACCUCCUCUCCCGCCUCCUCCACCUACCACCUCCCUGCGACAACGGCGGUUGCCGCAGAAUACCCCUCUACCGUUUCUGACGGCACUACCUUUGAGGCCCCUUCGAUGACACCUGUAUCCUCUUACAACUCUGCCUUCAAUAUUCAACAUACCGCAACACCACCGUCUUCACAACCAUACUUGUCACAAUACCCCCAGCAAUACCUGUUUGACAACUCCUCCAUGUUGGCACAACAGCCUGUCGCAAGCAACCACGGUUGGGAAGGCAAUCUGCAGCUGCUGAGCCCCGCUCGCAUUCAACAUAAACCAUCACCCAGUGGUUCGUCGAGCCGAUCUGCGCCUGCAGGAAGCUCUUAUCAGCGAUCCAACGCCUCUUCGCUGUCAAAACCUUUGCCUACUCCCGUCCAAACGCCUGUUCAGAACUCGUUUCUCACCACACCAUACCAGAACUACGACACUUCCGUACAUGAUGGUAGUCAAGCUGAGGCGGAGAUGGUGAGGCGAGCUGUUAUGGAGCAGCAGCAACAGCAGCAGCAACAGCAGCAAUCACAAAAUAACCAUCAGCAUCAGUCAAGUGAUUACUCUCUGGCACCUUCUGUGUCAACCGUGAGUCAUAACUCGCCCGUUACUCCUCAUACGAAUUAUGAGGACCUCGAUGACUCGUCGAAGGCGAUGGUUAAUGGUGAGAAACGAUAUCCCGAUAUAGAUGGAUGGAUGGAUAAAUACUUACAACUCGAUGCCUUUGCAGACUACGGUAACCCCAACGGAAACAACAUGCCGAUCGGCAUUCCCAAGAUCAAUCGAACUAUGUCUGAUAUCUAUCAAGACGAACUCUACAACCCAGCCCUCAUGCCCACUCCACAAGUUUCUAAACCCUCUACCAACCAGCAGAAUCUGCUGAACCCAUUCCGAAACGUGUUCGCCGAUCGACUACAGGCUGCCAACCAAGGCCACAUGUCUGCACGGUCUCAAUCUCCCGUUGUAGCCAUGAACCGUGGUCGGUCUCCGUUCCGACAGAACUCUCCACUGGCUUCUGAAUACGACACGAUGCUCCAGCAGCCCCAGAUGGCGACCAGUGUGCCUAUGCCUCAGAAUGUGGGCCAGGCCCAAGGGGAAGGAGAGCCCAAAACCAUGUCCCCCAAGGAUGCACUGCUUGAUUUCAACGAAGGUGACGACGCUGGAAUGCCUCUGUUUUCGACCAAUCAACCCGACUUCAACCUCGGCGAUGCGCUUAGCCUACGACGCGAAAGCUCCUCUUCAUUCCCGCAGUCGCAAAGCUUCACCUCAAUGGAGUCAUUCCCCGCUCAAUAUGCUACGCAGGGCGGACUUCCUCAGCAGUACACCUUUGCGCAGCCACAACAGCAGCAGCAGCAGUUGCAGCAGGAUCGCCAGCCCCAGCAGCAGAACAACCUCUUGCAUCAGACUCCCGAUUUCCCCGCAUCGCUCCCCCACUUCGAGUCUACGAACAGCGACGGGGGAAUCAACAAUGGCGUGACUUCCCCGCAGCCACAGCCCGCUAUGGCUAUGCGCCCUGUGAAAGAAGAAGUUACUCGCCCAGCGCGCACUACUGCCGACGGCGGGACUUAUACGUGCACCUAUCACGGCUGUACGCUUCGGUUUGAGACGCCGUCGAAGCUGCAAAAGCACAAGCGUGAGGCCCACCGUCAAACUACGCCUGGGGGUCACUUGGUAGCGCGCGACACAUCGGCACGCAACUCUCAGGCUGGACCCCACAAAUGUGAGCGGAUCAACCCAUCUACGGGAAAGCCAUGCAACUCUGUUUUCUCGCGGCCCUACGAUCUUACGCGGCACGAGGACACGAUCCACAACGCACGCAAGCAGAAGGUCCGGUGUCAUCUGUGCACGGAAGAGAAGACAUUUUCACGUAAUGAUGCGCUGACCCGGCACAUGCGCGUGGUGCAUCCUGAGGUGGAUUGGCCCGGAAAGCAGAGAAGACGAGGCAGGGAGUAAGGCCCAACGGAGUUACGAUUGUCAGGUGGCAUACCCCCCUUCCUUUUCGACUGGUUACAAAUACCCAAUUGGGAGACCACAAAUGGGUGAUUUCCCAACUCUGGAGAAUCCUUUUCCAUUGAGUCAACAUGACGCCGGGGAAAGCC